GCCAGGCUGCCUGGGUGCUGCUACCAAGAAAAAUCUCCAGAAGCCAAGUGUGAAAAUUUUUCAACUACCCAUUCUUUCUGAAGCAAAGGAAGAAUGAAGUCAACAAAAGUUCGUGAGUCAUCAUUUUUGGAAUCUCAUGGUCACGUUCUUUUGGAUAUUCCCGUCACUAGAGAGCAGAUGAAUCACUAUCGAGCUGCAGCCGAAACUGCUCAAAGUGAACUUGCAGCACUUUCAGUGAAGUAUGACUGUGCCCAGUCAGAGCUCCUUAAACUCAAGUCAAGCAUGAUCUCUAAAGAAGCUUCUUUUCAAGAGCUGAAGGCUGAAGCUGAGAGCUAUAAGGAAAACAAUGCUAGACUGAUGUCUCGCCUCCUGUCUUUGCAAACACAAAUCCAGGAGAUGGAAGAAGAGCUGUGUGUGCUUGCUGCUUCUAAAAACCAGGCUGAGCUGACAGCUCAGGGGGCAUAUAAGGAAAAUUUGGAGCUGAAGGAGGAGCUUCAUGAGAAAAGUGCCAAACUUAAUAAAUAUUUGAAUGAGUGUGAAGAAAACAUGACUCAGGCUUCUAAAAUCAGCCAAAACUAUGAAGAGCUCCUUACACAUCUUUCUGGAUUCUUGGGCGUAGACAUCAGAGAAAAAGAGAAACCACAGGAACAUUUAACAUCAAAGGUCUCUGAAAUAUGUAAAGAAAAUGUGACGCUAAAAAACCAGGUUGCUGCUCUUCAAGAAGAUGUGAAUGUCCAUGAGAUGGAGUCUAAAGCUAACAGAGAAACUAUCAUGAGACUAGUUUCAGAAGUGGCCAAGGAGCAGGAAAAGGCAGCAGGAUACUACCAAGACAUGGAAAAACUUAGUAAGGAUCUUGACAGUGCUAUAAUAAAGAGACAGAGUUUAGAGAUGGAGAUCAGAAGCCUCCAAGAGAAACUGACUGUUAACCAGAAAGCUUUGGACACCUCAAAGCAGGAACUGCACAAUCUGAAGAAAUCUUCCAGGGAGUUAGAUGCAAGCUUGAAGAGUAGCAGAGAAGAGGCCAGGACUGCCCAGAACUCUUCUGAGACUUUUAAAGAAAAAAUUGCUACCUUGCUCAGCUGUGAAUCUGCAAUAGUUAAACCUUCUGAGAAGGCCAUUUUGGAGAGAAUCCAAGAAAUAAGUUGCAAAGAGGAGAAUAAAGAAAAAAUGGUAUCUCAGCUUGAAACACAAUUAGCUAAAUUGACUAAGGCUUUGGCAAAUCAGACCAGAUUGUACCAUGAAGCCCUGGAGAGGAGCAGGAAAGCUGAAAAAUGUUCUGAGAAUUUCCACGAUCAACUAAAGCACUUGGAAGAGGAAUUAUUAACUGGAGACCUGAUGCAAGAUGGUUUGAAGCUUGAGAAACAAAAAUAUCUGAAAUUUCUGGAACAACUUAAUGAGAAGAUGAAGCUGGAUAGUGUAGCAGCAGAGGUUGGAUUUGAUAUGACUAUGGAUGCGAUUCUGGCCCGCGUAGAGCAGUUGGUGAAACUGGAAGGUGAUGCUGUGGUUGAGAACAAGACUGUGGCAUACAGCCUCAGAAGGAAGUUGAAGGCUCAGAAAGAAAAACUUGAAAGCAAAGAGCUGCACAUGAACCUUCUGCGGCAGAAAAUAACCCAGCUGGAAGAAGAGAAGCAAGUAAGGGCUGCCUUAGCUGUAGAAAGGGAUGAGGCCAAUCUCGCUGUCAAAAAGUUACAUAAGAUGAUAGAGAGGCUACAGAAGCAGCUUGAUCUGGCAAGGGAAACAAAUACUGAUCUCAAAGCCAAGCUGUCUGAAACCAGUGAACUUAAGAUCAAAACUUUGGAACAGAACAGAACAAUAGAGGAACUCAGUAAGUCUCAAGGCAAAUUGGAAAGAAUGAAAGAAAAAGCUGAGAAACAACUUAAAUCUGCCAAAUCAGAACUUCUUUUAAAGGAGCGUAAAGCUACUGAAGAUAAAGAAAAAAACAAAAAUAUGUUAGAAGCAGUUUCCAGUGAGAUGAAGGUGCUUAAAACAACCCUUGCAGAACUAGCAAAAAGAGAGAGACAGCUGGCAGAUUUCCGAGAGGUGGUCUCGCGGAUGCUGGGCCUCGACAUUGCCAGCCUGGCUCUCCCUGACUAUGAAAUCAUUACACGCCUUGAGGGGCUGAUUCAUUCCCAUCAGCACCUCUUCUUUCCCUGUGUCUGCCUCAAAGAUGUGGCCCCAGAGGAGCAGCAAAGAAUCAUCCAGCCUCUUCGCUGAACGGAGAUGGAACAAAGUAAAAUUUUCUGUUUGCUUCCUUACCUGCUGGACUUCUACAGAAAACAGAUCCCUAUCUCUGUUCCUACUCUAGAAAAAACAACUAGGGCUGAUUUUUAGAACUUCAACAGAGAGACUGAUUGGAAUGGGUAAAGUCAGCAACCUGGAGAUGGCAAACAGAAAAUCCCUGGGCAGCUUAAAACUUCAGUUAUGAAAGUGAUAGGCAGCGCAUCAACAAUGCCCUCAAGUUUCAGUGCAGAGGCCAAUAUUGAUGUCAUGGCUCACCCAAGAUCAGUUCACAGUUUUGAGAAGUUACUGAAUGUCUGCUUCAGUGGCACUCUUUGUGUUUUACCUCUAGGUGACAAGGAUGAAAUCAAGUAGAAAUUGACCUGCUGCUGUUCUUCUUGCCCCCUGGGAUAUCUCUGCAUUUUUACACA